AUGUCCACGAGUUCCAAGGCUGUUAGCACAUCGGAUAUAGCUGACGGCCAUGGACAUCAGCCAACAAAUGAUGGCUUCCAGAGCACCAUGACAGAUGAGAAGCAGGCGUACUCUGAAGGUCCAGAGCCUGAAAAAGCCACCGACCCAGAUGUACCGAAUUUCGAGGAGCUAGCCGGCUUCCCGGCAGGUUCAAAAGAUGACCAACCCCCAGAGCACGAAUACAGAGUACCAGAUGAGGUUAUUUACCGAAUGGCAUCGACUGUGGCUCCGUCAAAUAGGUCCGUCCACCGGGACCCUGUCACCCGCGUGACGACAGACGCAGAGGGAAACACGUACCCCGAAGGCGGCCUGCAAGCAUGGCUGGUGGUGCUAGGCUGUUUUUGUGGUCUUUUUGGAUCGCUUGGGCUGAUCAACACCAUAGCCACCUUCCAGGCAUACAUCCAGACUCACCAGCUGAAAGACUACAGUACCGGCAGUACCGGAUGGAUCUUCGGGAUGUACACCUUCCUGACCUUCUUCUGCGGCAUCCAAAUUGGCCCGAUCUUUGACGCACGAGGCCCACGCUUGCUCAUUCUGGCAGGCUCGAUUUGCCAAAUGGUGAUGGUCAUUUGCCUCGGGUUCUGCACACAAUACUGGCAUUUCAUGAUUGUGAUCGGUGUUUUAGGGGGUGUCGGCACAUCUCUCAUCUUUACGCCGGCCAUCUCAUCAAUCGGCCAUUUCUUCUACGAGAAGCGUGGACUCGCAACUGGACUUGCUUCCACAGGAGGCUCACUUGGUGGCGUUGCGUUUCCUCUCAUUCUCGAGAGUCUUUUCCCCAAAAUCGGUUGGGCUUGGGCCACCCGAGUGAUCGCCUUGAUCUGUUUAAUUUCAUUGUCGAUAGCUUGUCUCCUGAUCAAGUCUCGACUGCCCCAGAAACCCUUUUCCAGAGAGAAUAUACUGCCAGAUUUCCGUAUCUUCAGGGACGCGCGGUUUACACUGACGACUGCGAGCGUCUUCUUCAUUGAAUGGGGACUCUUCGUUCCGAUUGCCUACAUCUCAUCUUACGCCAUCGACCAAGGCUUUUCUACCCAUUUUUCGUACCAGAUUAUUGCCAUCCUAAACGCAGGUUCAUUCUUUGUGGCCCUGUGCCUACUUUGCAAUGCAUGCUUGUGGCUUCCCGCUGGAAACAGCCUUCCCCUGCUUGUCGUGUACUCGGCCCUAUUCGGUUUUGCUAGUGGCAGUAACAUCAGUCUCACGCCCGUUUGUGUCGGCCAGCUCUGCAAGACCGAGCACUAUGGUCGGUACUAUGCCACUGCCUACACCAUUGUGAGCUUUGGUACCCUCACCGGAAUUCCAAUUGCAGGUAAUAUCCUGAAUCGUUGUAACGGCCAGUACUGGGGCCUCAUUGCGUUUACGGUGGUAUGUUACGCUAUGGGUCUCGCCUGUUGUACAGCCGUCAAGGUUAUCCAAGUUGGAUGGCGUCGCCCACUGGCCAUUUACUAG